AUGAUGAAGAACCUUCCUGGAUCCUGGAUCUUCCUUCUCCUCGGCACAAGUUUUACAUUUUCCCUGGAAUCAGUACUGGAGAGAAGUUACAGGUACAGCGUUUAUCCGACCAGCUGGGAGAACGCACGGGACAUCUGCAGACGCCACUACACCGACCUGGCCACCGUCUACUCAGAAGCAGAUGUGCAGAACCAGAACCUGGGGCGAUAUUACGCCUGGAUCGGCCUGAAUGGAAGCGGCACUACGUGGUCUGACCUUGUGUUGUCUGAUGGGAAGGGAUAUUAUCUCAACUUUUUGCCAAACCCAAACCUGGCCUACAGUAAAGAAUGUGUAGCAGCCAGCUACCAUGUCUGGCGUGAUGACAGUAAACUACUAAUCAACAGAAUCUAUGGCCUGAAUUGUGGAAGUGAUUUCUUCUUCAUCUGCCAGGACAACCGUCCAUAUAAUGGGAAUGGUUACCAGACACGGGAGUAUAUUUUUGUACCUGAAGCAAAGAGCUGGGCUGAGGCUCAGCGGUACUGUAACGAAAACAAUGGAGAGCUGGCAAAUAUCAACGGUUUUAAUCUUUACAACAACGUUCAUAGUGAGGAUUUUCCCAUCUGGAUUGGACUCUAUAGAGACGGUGGAUCCUGGAAGUGGACUGAGAGCCCUUCAGAUUAUAAAAGCUGGAAAAUAAAUGAGCCGAGUUCCAACGGCGACUGUGUCUUUAUGUCCUCCAAGACGUUCAACAUGGCUGCCCAAAACUGCGACAAGCAAUUCCCCUUCCUCUGCGUCUCGGACAACGUGUUUCUGGUGAAGGAGAACCGGAGCUGGGAGGAGGCGCUGGAGCACUGCAGAGGCCUCGGGUCGUCCAGCUACAGCGACCUGAGCUACGAUCUGCUCAGCCUGCAGCCCGGAGAGGAGCACGCCUACCUGCAGGGGAAGGUCCUGGAGGCCGACACUGAGGAGGUUUGGACCGGCCUGCGUUUCCUGGCUGGUGAUUGGCUGUGGGUGAACGGAGCAGACAUGUUGUACACUGACCUGCCCUCCUGCCCCGCCCCGGGGCAACACUGUGGUGCGCUGUCAACAAACGAGACUGUUGGAGUGAAGACCAGAGACUGUUUGGAGAGAAAAAACUUCCUCUGUUACGGCUACACAUCCGAACAUUAAGAAGCCCGGUCAUCUCUGCAGCACAUUUAAGAUGAGAUUCAGCUUUUAUUUAUGUAACUUUACUUAAUAUAGGCAGAUUUUACUGAGAUAAUAUUAUGAAAUAGUAGCUAUUUAGGAAAUAUAUUAAAUAUAC